AUGCAGAGGAUACAGGAAGUGAACGUACACUGCGCGAUGUGGCGCUCUGGUCGUGGCGAAAUGAAGAAGUUGCGCGAGGACAAGGAGGGUCUUCAGGUGGUGGUGGACAGGAAUCUGGAGCUGCAGGUGGACAGGAAUCUGGAGCUGCAGGUGGACAGGAAUCUGGAGCUGCAGGUGGACAGGAAUCCUCUCUAGGUGGAAACAGCCACAUGAUGAAUACUUCUGCUUUGUCUUUCGGUCCCAGAAGUGAGGUGGAUGGAUCAAGCUCUGCGUUGCGCGCAACAGAGGUUCCUGCUCCAGUGGUCUCCAAUUUUGUUGCUCUGGACGUAGGUACUAUAGAAGAUGAAGAACUUCAAGCUGGAGUGACACAAACCCAAACAGCUUCAGCUUCGACGCCGUCUGUAGUCCUUCGUGGAGCAGCUGCUCCUGUAGCACUUGCAACUUCGGAACACCGCCAGGGCAGCUCUAGUGCGUCUUUUCUACAACAACGUCAAGAAGAGGAUGAUCAUACCUCCCUAUUGUCUGGAUCCGCACCUUUGCCGACGUUAGCUUAUGGACCUAUUGGCCGAGAUAGAAGAGAGUUUUCCGUUUUUUGGGAUGAUGAAGAUUUUUACUUUUGCAGCUCUUCAGACCUGAUCAUUGGGGACUGAUGUUUUUGUGAUUGACCGAAUUGCUGGAUCUUUGUGCAGUCAGAUGAAUGUCAGUCUCUGUUGCAGUUGGUGGACAACUUCUACUUAGGAAAUCGACAGUGUUGUACUAGGUGUAAUCUCUAAGUCCCAGAGGAAGUGGAGACACUGGAUCUGCCUCCUGCUUCUCCGGAAGAAACGCAGCAGAUACCUAUACCAGAGCUGCAAGAGCCAUUUCGGGAUAUGCAAGAACCACUAUUUCAGAUGCAACAGCCAAUCGAGCAGAUGCAACAAGAACCUUUGCGUCAGAUGCAGCACUCAGUUGAGCAGGCGAUCCCAUCAGCCGCGAACCAGACAGCUCAAGCAGCGGCCGAGACUGCUGCUCGACCUGAGACUGAGGAGGAGGAAGCAGUUUCUAGUACUAGAGAAGCAGAGCAAGCAAUUGAAGAGGUGGCAGAGCAAGCACCAGCCACCGUUGAACAGGAAGAACAACGUCGUCAGGUUGGUGAUACACAUCAAGAAGAAAAGGCAGAAGAACGGGAAGGAAAUGAGGAGGGAGAGCAACAAGCAGCUGAAGCUGAGCAGGCCUCUCUAGAAGAGGAGGCUGAAUACCGUACAGCAGGUUCCUCUACUAACUCGCCUCACGACGUGGAUGCAGAGGAUACAGCACAAGAACAAGCGGUCGUUGAAGGUUCUGGAGAACAAGACGGGGGUGAAAAAGAGCAAGAACAAGUAGAAGCAUCUCCUAUUCCAGCUCCCGCAGACGCGUCAGGAGCAACGACGCCUGGGGCUGUUGUACUUGCCGGAGCUGUAAACGAGGACACGUCGACUGCUCUGAGUAGUAGUCCUUCUCCACCGGUGACUUCUGCAGCUUUCGUCGGUGCAGGUAUCGGAGGCCAAGUUUUGGCUGUGACAGCAAAUACGAACACGACCCUAGAAGAAUCCCCCAGCAUCACUUCUAAUCCCGUCCCUGCGCAGGCUUCCUCUCCUUCCACAAACACUGGCUCUACAACGAAUGUUCCUCUAGUUGUACCUUCCAACUUCGACGAGGAACAAUCGACUUUUUCACCUCCAACUUCGACGACAACUCCCCCUCCAAGAACAACCACACCCGUUACCACGACGACACCUGCGACAAGUCUAGCUCCAGGUGUGCCACUUGUCGCUCGCGCACUCUCUUACCUUGAGGGGACCGACCACCUAGUUGCUCAGGUCGCGUACGCUGACGGCUCUCCAUCAGAGAUCGUUCACAUCCAGUUCCAACAUAUUCCUCAAGAUGCACCCGUCGUCUACGUGGAGCCCUACGUAACGCGGAUGGUGCAGCCUGCAGCUCCUCCAGCUGCACAGCCACAGAGUACAACUAGUGCUCCUAGUGCUGCUGCUGCUUCUGCAGGGCAACAAGGACAGAGUACAACAGCUCAUGCGGGAGCUGCUCCCGCUACUUCUCCACAACAACAGACCACAAGUCCAGGACCAAAACCAAUCGCGAAACGAAUGGUACGUGAAUGGAGUGCGAGUGAGCGGAGCUUCGUGGAGACGCCACUGGAGACGGACUUCGCGACUUGGGCUUUCAUUGUUAAGGCCAAAAGUACUACUAGUAUUAAGGGUAGGUUAAAGGUGCUUUAUUUUCUUCCCGCUUUUUAUGCCUUUCCUAAGGGAGAAAGGCAUAACAAGCGGGGUAAGCGAGCACCAAAAACCUACCUCUAAUAGUAAGUAAUUAAUACAAUCUAGUAAGUAAUACAAUCUAGAUGGGAUAAUAAGUAAAAGACCCGGUUAGCUUUCCCAUUCCCUCUAUCUCGUAGAUUUAUCCCUUCAAGCAAUACUAGUACUACAAUAUAGAUAUGAAAGAUGAAUAUCAAGAUUCAACAGUGUAGAGAGCUGUACUUAGAAGAAACGCUCUUUGGUAUGCUGGAAGAUUAUACCUCGCAACCUGUACCUGUGCCGAUUGUGUAAGUGUAUGUUAAUCCUAUGGAUUCGCCUAGAAAGAACCUCUAACUUUGGAUGUAAUGGCGUUGGGCGUUUUGCCACGGGUCUUUCGGUGGAAGUGCUGGACAAGGUGACCCCAAAAAGUGUUUACUAUCCGCUGUCAAUGCUCAUUUUCCUCGGCGUCUUCUACUCGCUUGGAUGGCGUGCUGGUAUUGCAAUUGCUUUAUUAUAGGUUUUAUAUAUAAUAGUUUUCAACACCUCUGACUCUGUUGAAAUUCUAAGGUGAAUAUCCCAUGCAAGAACAAUAUAUUUAUAAUGACUACCUGCUUGGAUGGCGUGCUGGUGUUGCAAUUUUGUUUCUAUGCCUAGCUUUUCCCUCGUUCUUCGCUCACAUUAUCGGUAGCCAAAUCCAAAAGGAACACCACACCCUCACCAGAAUUUCCCUCCUCGUCUGCGUCUGUGACCGCUUUGUCCGUGACCGUGGGUCUUUCCUUCGGAUGCAUGUUUGCCAUGAUCCCGAUUUACCUUAAAACCAUUGUGCGGCCAUCGAGAAUGGGUAUCAUGUUUGGGACUGCGGUAUUGUCUGUCGUCGUAGGAAACUACAUCUGGAUCCAAGUGUUUAAUCACGGAAAUGGCCACGCAAUCGACGAAGCCAGUUUUUUCGCCGUUACACCAGGAGGAGAGUCACAUGAGUUAUGAUGGAGUUCUUGUUGGGUAGAGUUGCAAUCACAAUUUGCCAUUUACUAUAUUUUGUUCUAAAAACCCGCCCACUAAGCAUGUUAGAAAUACCUACUUAAGUAACUUGAUACAACUAUCUCUUCUUGUUGGUUCGUCUUCGUCUUCCGUCAAGAAAUAGUUGUACAAACUUUUCCACAUGAUCGUUCGAAUCUCUAAUCGCUACUCUCGUAGCCACUUCGCCACCUUCGCAACAGCAUGAUAUGGAAGCGGAUGCCUCUGUUGUGCUCUCGCCAAAUUCUGCUAUGGCUGAUGGUGGCGCUUUCGGCCACUAUAUGAAGGUUUUGCGCGCAGAUAUAGCUGAAAACUCUGCGAGAGCGAACGCGGGAAUAAGUCAAAAGUUAUGUUGGGUUGUACUUGUAGUUUGAAAGUUCUAGAUCCACUAGUACUCUGGUCAUCUUGUCAUUACUAGGUACAAGACCAAGAAAAGCAGCAUCAGUAGUACUUUCAGAAGACCACUUGAACAGAAGUAUAGUACUACUACUUCUAACUUGUUAAAUUGUUUUUCUUCAUUCUUGUUCCCAUUUUUUUUCUAACCCUAGAAUACGCAUCUUUGCGUCGUCAUGUGGUUACCCUUUCACGCGCUGAAGCUGGUGACAAUUGUGUGGGGCCGCGUUGUCAACAACACGUCUUUCGAUUAAGGCUGUACCUAAUACAUCUUUGGACGUAUCCUGGGAACUACGUAUGGAGGAGUAUAAUCCUAAGCGAAUGCUCCCCCAUACUUUUCUGGGAUGCACUUGAAAGAUGAAUUACGAACAGCUCUAAUUCGAUGCGCUUUCUACUCCACCCUUGGCGCUUUUCCUUUUGCGGUCGUGCUCUAUGCCGCGCAGCUGAGACAACGAAUGACGAAGAGGAAGUAGUGUCAGGAGGCGGAAGUCCCUAUGUAGAAGCAAUAAAAUGAACAUGAAGUUCACGUUCUUCAGGUGAAAGGUCGAUUUUCGACGUUCCAUGUUGCUGCAGUGGCAGUUAUUAUCAGAAUGCCGAUGACGAUGAGGCCAAGACCUGGCACUGGGUCAGCGACUACACUUCGAUUCGCCAUCCUCAAAGCCGAGUCGAAGUGUAAUCACUGACCCAGGUUGGCGAAGCUUGUUGUGUCCGUUUUCGGUAGUCUCUGGGCUUCAGUGGUCCCUGGGCUCUGUUGGUGCGCAUAAAGGGGGUCAUAUUAGGUCGCAUAUAAUUCGGCUUUUUUUAGGCUCAGCGUCAGUGACUAUUGAAAGUUGAGCUUUGAACUGGGUCAGCCUCAGCGAUCAUUACACUCUGAUUUGCUAGCAUCGAAACAUAAUAAUCCUCGUCCGCACACAUAUUUGUUACCUUUUUGGUCCUCGUCGUGAUUUUGAGAUCCUCAGUUCAACAUACUGACCUCGCUUUCCUGUCGUCGAGAAGGUGGAACCCAUCUUUUUCUUCAAAGAAUAUGCCAGUCGCGUGCAACAUUUUGGUUCUCCUGGUGCAGGAUAUCAAAUCUAGUGAUCGCAAGCGCACAGGCAUGAUACGACAUCCUCGAAUGAUAAUGAUUUCAUCUUCUAGAAGUUUGUUGUACUAGAUCCGCUGUUUUUAUGAACACGGAAUCCGAAUCAUCAUGAUCUUUUUGAAGACGUCUUGUUAGUUGAGGAUCUCGCUCUUGAAUUCGACGCAUCGCCAUCAAAUCCUCGCAGGGAGGUGUUGGUUGAAACCAAUAGAUGAGAAUAUAAUCGAGGUCGUCCUCGUCGAUCUCGGUACGUCUACACAGCACUCAGUUGUCACGCCUUUAUUUCAUAUCGUGUAUGAAAGUGAAAUGUAUUCUUGGCACUGACUCAUCGCACUGGAUCGUUUUCCGAUUGCAUCUUCCCCGAUGAUGAAAAUGUUGUAAAAUUGAUGAAUCCCAAUCCAAGGAACUGCGAAGGUGAGCCCGCUCUCAAUCUCAUUGAUGAUUAUCAAUCUGUUGACGGUCCUCCUCGAGUGGAAUCCAAAUUUUUUUCAUGAUAAAGGACCUACUGAAGGUUGGCCAUAAGUUCGUGGACUCAUUCGAGUUGACAUGCUCUUGACCGUGAAUGACGUCAUGCUCACGAACAACUUCGGGGACUGAUAACCCAUAGAGAAACACACGAAGUCAACAUCCUAAUCAUCUUAUAAAUAUAUUGUUAAGUACUAUGAGC